AUGGGUGACCAUCCCACCAUCGGAGAAGUUGGCGUCUUGGCAAAGCAGUACCUUGAGCGAGGCCUUCUGGUGCCGGACCACGUCAUCACGCGCAUGAUGAUGACAGAGCUGGAGAAGCGGCGAGAGCAGCACUGGCUGCUUGAUGGUUUCCCUCGGACACUGGGGCAAGCUGAGGCGCUGGACAGAAUCUGCGAGCUGGACCUGGUGAUCAGCUUGAACAUACCCUUUGAGACGCUGAAGGAUCGCCUGAGUGCCCGCUGGGUCCACCCUGCCAGUGGGAGGGUGUACAACAUGGACUUCAACCCCCCCCAUGUCCGGGGCGUCGAUGACCUGACAGGUGAGCCGCUGGUCCAGCGUGAGGACGACAAACCUGAGGCUGUUGCUGCCAGGCUCAGAAAAUACAAAGAUGCUGCAAAGCCAGUAAUAGAGUUGUACAAGAGCAGGGGCAUCCUUCACUCCUUCUCGGGAACAGAGACCAACAAGAUCUGGCCGUACGUGUACACCCUGCUUUCCAGCAGGAUCCCACCCAUUCUCUCGGAUGAGGAGAACUAA